AGAUCCGAUUAGCUUCCGGUUCUGAGAUUCUUACACAUUCUUGUCUCUGAUCGAAAUCUACUCUGCAGACUGCAGAUCUGCAAAUCCACCGGCGCCCAUUGUUCUCGUCGUUAGCCGGAUCUGCCAUCGCCUCCGCCAACCCAACGAAACGGAGGAGCCUCGCCAGGCGUCACUGGGAUGUGUUGGUUCUCUCUCUCUCUCGUUUUCGGACCCCAGCGAUGAUCGAAGGGGUUUCGAUCUUCAAAGUUUUCAGAUCUGCAAAUUCUUAAAUUUGUGUUCAUCAUUUUUUUUUCAGUUUGACUGGUUACCUGAUUUAGACACUGUUGAUAUGAGAUGGCUUCCUAAAUUCUUGUAAAGAAUCUAUUAUGUCUUCUUGUGCAAACUUGUUCUGAUGAUUUGAUUUUUCAUCUCAAGUCAUAAGCAUUUUCUACAUUUAUAUGUACAGGAUAGAAACUUUUUCACUCUAUUUGGGAUGCUAUCCGGAUAAAGAAUGGAUGUAGAUAUAUUCACAUAUGCAUGCCUGGCUGUUAGUUCUGAAAUGAUUCAAGGACUCAAUUGAUCAAGUCGACCACCUUUCUUCAUAGCAAUGUUUCGAGGCAGAGCUGUGUUUCAGUUGCACAGACAAAUGCACAUCCUAUCCCGUGAUGGUCCUAGUGAAACUCUGAAGAAGAAGGUAGCAGAGUUGGAGAAGACAAGGAAAAGGAGGAGCCCUAAGAAGGAUCAGCUGUUUGUAGAAGUUCCAGAGCCAAAAACAUUCCUUGACACAGCAACCAUGCCAAUGCUUCUCACUGUUGUUGGCGUUGCUCUCUUUGCAAAGCUCCUGAUGAUGUAUGAUGAUUCCAAAUCUCAAGAGAUGAUUGAGCACAAAAUAAAGCAUGCUCCUUCUGAUCAAGGCACUGUUAGGAUGCUUACUCGUGAGGAAUGGGAGGAAAUUCGAGAAGUGCGGCCAAGGACUCCAUUUGAAUCAAAGCUUGCUCGUCCAAAUGCACGAAUAAGAACUGGGGAACCAUUACACAUGGAGGAUUUGAAGGAUUGGACCAUUGAUGUGCUCACAGAUGCACUUACUCGAGCUGAAGAAACCGCUAGAAAGGGGCCCAAGUGACAUAGUUUAAAAUAGGUUCAUUGAUCCAGGUGCUUGUUAGCCAUGAUAUAGGGGUGGGUAUUAGCAGUAAUGCAGAAUCAAUGGACUGCAGUUGACGUGCCUGAUACAUAAGCCGCGCAGCUGCCAGUUUAGGACCACGGUAAUUCUAAAAAUUAUGUUCAAACACUGGUUUCAUUGGCAGCAGAAUUGCUAAUUGUCAGUUUCUUCUGUCUUUUAGAUCUAGUUUGCAGAAGGAAUUACCUGCUGGUCACGUCUGGAUUAGGAAUUUUCUGCCAAUCACUCAGAUCAAAACUUGGUAUAGGAUACCCUAAUUCUCCAACUAUCGUGCCUCAUUUAUCCUAUCAUAUGAGGACAUGUUCUAUUUAGCUUUCCAGAAUAAGAAGCUUGUUAUCACUUAUCAGUCUUUAAUGCUAUUCUAUGAAAGUUUGAUACUAA